AUGGAGGCGGCGGGCGCGGCGGCGCGCUGGGCGCCCACGCACGUGCAGGUGACGGUGCUGCAGGCGCGGGGGCUGCGCGCCAAGGCGGCGGCGGGCGGCGGCGGCAGCGACGCCUACGCCGUGAUGGCGCUGGGCGGCGAGAAGUUCUCCACGUCGGUGGCGGAGCGCUGCCAGGGCCGGCCCGUGUGGCGCGAGGAGGCCGCCUUCGAGCUGCCGCCGCCGCCGCGGCCCGCCGCGCUGCGCCUCACCGUGCUCCACCGCGCCCUCGUCGGCCUCGACAAGUUCCUGGGCCGCGCCGAGGUCGACCUGGCGGCGCUGCGGGCCGACGGCGCCCGGCGGCACUCCAGGUGGUAUAAGCUUCAUUCCAAACCAGGGAAAAAGGAAAAGGAGAGAGGAGAGAUUGAAGUGGAUAUCCAGUUCAUGAGGAGCAACAUGACAGCCAGUAUGUUUGAUUUAUCCAUGAAAGACAAGUCUCGCUCUGCAUUUGGCAAGCUCAAAGACAAGCUGAAAGGAAAGAGGAGCAGUGGGCUUUCUGACACGGCAUCAGCAAUCAUUCCAAGCACAAGUCACUCCCCAGCUGACAGCGAAGAUGAGUCAGUUGAGAAGGAAAAGAAGAAAUCAAAGUUCAAAACGCUGUUUUCCAAACCUGGUCUGCAAAAGACUUCUAUUUCCCAAUCCAUGUCAGUCUUACCUACACAUCAGCCUGUAACUGAGAAAGUUAGGCUUAGACCUAGUGAUUUUCAAUCAAGAUGGGAUGAUGAUGACGAAUCUGAGACAUCUCCAACUUCAGACAAAGGCUUCAGAAACACCCUUGAAGAGAAGUCAUCUCCCUCUCCUGUAUCUAAAUUUCAUAAAAUAGCAAAUUUGGACAGUAGACAACUAAACCAAAUAAACAUUAGCAAUACCAAGAAAGAAGGUCUCUCUCUAUUUGGUGGCCUUAAAUCCAAAAGUGAUCCUAUUUCCAAGUCUAGUUUGUGUAUCAAUGGCAGUCAUGUUUACAUGGAAGAGAAUAUGCCUAAGGACAAUACUCCAGCUUCUUCCCCAUCCCCUCACAACUUCAGGAAGAAGCAGCUCUUUACUUCAGAAGAGAACCUGUCUUCCAAAUUUGCUAAAGGACCUGAAGAGACAGGAAGAACAUCUCCUAGUGGUAUUUUGUCUGGGUCUGCAUCACUGGACACUUUUAAAUCUAUGACUUUACCAUCAUAUAAAUUGCUUAGCAGUGAAGAUUAUAUGGAGACUAAUGUUCCUCUGACAGUUGAUAUUACUAAAGAGAACAAAAAAAUAGACCACAAAAAGUCUGCCUUAUUCUCUCUGGUCACAGGGAGAAAGGAAACAGUGAAAAACAAUGAUGUUGAAAGUAUUCCAGAUAGGUCUUUGAAGGAGGAAGAAAGCAAAGUUUCAGAAGAGAAAAGUGAAGAAGAGACCAAACAUCUUGAAAUUCCAGCAGAUUUAAGCAAAGGAAAUCCUUUUGAAAAUAGUAAUGAAGAAGAAACCUUCAAAAAUAAGCAACCACUCAACCCGUUUGAAGAAGACCGGAAACCCGAAAAAGCUGCAGCAUCGGCAAAGACGACCCAGACUAAAGCUGUCAAACCCAGACUGGGCGUGUCUUCAGAGGAGGAAACCAAAGCCACACUUCCUAUUUUUGCACCUGAUUCCCCUCCUUUCCUUUCUGUACACCAUAUCAGUAGUGACAAUAAUCCUUUUAUUUCUAAAACGAGACAAAAAGUUGAAGUGCCAGACUCUGAAAACAUUGCUAGUUUCUCUGCACCUCUUCCUCCUUCUCUUCCUUCUGCUGCAAAGCUUUUGAAUAGCAAGAACCCCUUUAUUUCAACAUGGGACAAAGAAUCCAAAGCACUAGAUUCUGAAAGCAUUGCCAAUUUCUCUUUAUCUCAUCAUCUUGCAGCUUCUGUUCCUGAAACAUUUCUUUCUGUGCAAAUCUCUAGCAAUGAUAAUAAUCCUUUUACUUCUAAAUGGGGACAGGGCUCACAGGGUCAGGAUUUUGAAAGCUCUAGUGCUUGCCCUUCCUUGGAUCACUCUGGUCCAUCUGAACCUUGUCAUCAUUCUGACUGUCAUUUUAAUGAGAGUAACCCCUUUGUAUGCAAGCCGGGGUUUGAACUAGAUGCACCAGGUCUCAAAACUGUUGCUGGUUCUUCUCCUUUCUUGAUUCCUUGUGAGGAAGACUGUUCCUCAAUAGGAAACACUGGUAAUCUGAAACACUCUCUUCAUAUGGCUUCAGGGAGCUCUUCAAAUGUGGCUAUAACUAGUAAUUUAAAUACUGUAUCAAACUCUCCAGACACUCUUUCUGACAACCCUGACUUGGCUUCAAAGAAACAAUGUGAUUCACCAAAGGUUCAGGUAGAGACAUCUUUAAAAAGAAGCCAGUUAAGCGAUAGGAAACCUGUGACCUUUCUCUCUGAAGAACUGGAAGGUAUUACAUCAGGUGAUGAGGAUUUGGAUGAGCAGCAAUGUGCAAAACAGCCCUCUGAUUUCUGUGAAAUGUUAUUCACAGAUUUAGAUGUAACAGGAGAGAGAGCAGAGUUUGCCCACAAACUAGAAAGAGAGUGCAACCCAUCUUCAAAACUCCCUAGUGACAGCGUAAUUUCCACUCAGAGCAAGGAGAUCACUGUUCAGGGUGAUGUGGAAAUAGGCAGUACAAGCACUGAAACUUGCAUGAAGGAUGCCGAACACUUUGCAUCUCUUUCUCAGUGUAAUGAUAACCUCUUACCAGAGAAUGAUGCUGAACAGCUAUCUUCUGCUAAGAGCAAGCUAAAGGAGAAUCAGGAAAUCUUUAGUGAAAAGAGAACAGAAGAAUGUAAACUCAUGUUAGAGAUUGAAGCAAUUCCUUCUGAUAAAAAUAACUCCUUGUCACAAGUAGGACCUACCAAACCAACCUUCAGAGUUUGUACACUGCCCUUUCAGGAAGCUGAUGCAGGAAGGGCUGACAGUGAGGCUAGUUCUGUGUUUGUCACACCAAAACCAGCACCACCACUGUCUUUAUUGCUGAAGACAUGCAUGCCAGUUUCUCAGACUGGUGAGUUAAGUGGUGCUGUGCUUUCUUCAGAUGAUGAUGUAAAAUCUGCUUCUGGGCUUCCAUUACGUAAUGAGAAACCCUCAAGUGCUUAUGAAUACCCCUACAGAAAUGAUUCAUUAAAAACUGUCACUCCAACAAUAAAUCUUAGAGAUGAUAGCAGUAAUAGGCAUUUAAAAUAUGAAGAUGAUGAUUUAUUUGAUACUCUUGCAAAUCUGAAGUCUGCCAUUCCAGUUGCUGGAGACCAUGGUUUGACAUUGGCUAGUCUUCCAGUUAUUCUAGAGGGAGGCUCUGAUGAUGAACUGCUGGAAGACUGUCAAGAGGACCAUAACGUUACUGCAGAUGAUAAAAACACCUUGGAGGCUGGAAAGCACGCUAUAGAUAUAAUGCCUUUGAGUGAAGAACUGAAAGAGCAUUCAGAUAACAAUUCUCCUGCAAACAGUGUACCUCUGUCUGCUCAGGAAGGAGGAAGUGUCCCUGAUGCUUGUAAUUCUAGCAAACUACCUGUGUUACCUGCAAGAGUACGCGUUUGCAGUGUAAAUAAUAAGAUAGCUGACUUAAACGUAGGUGUGACAUCGCAUUCCAGUGAGUGUAAUAGUCAUUUUGAGAGACAAGAACUAAAAAUAGAAACUGGUGUUGAAGAGAGUGCAGAGCGUGAUUUCCUUGAGCCUUCUGCUUCUUCUUUCUCUGUGUCUAGUUCUUCCCAACCUUAUUCUUCCUUUCACUCCCACCCAUCUCACACUCAAAGUACUAGAGCAGAAUCUUCGAAAAAGCCAACAGCAGAGGGCUUCGCUGAUAAGGCAGAAAAUUCUGGCAAGAAGAAACUUCUUCAGGCAUGGAUUUCACCCUCUGAAACAUAUCCUAACCAAACUCAGCAGAGUGGUGAAACCAUGUCUUCUAAGCACAGACUUCAGCCUGUGAAGCCAAUGAAUGCCACAGCAAGCAAGUCUCAAACUAAAAACAUGAAUGUCAUCAGCACUAUGAAUGAAAAGCUGCUUGAGAUGAGCAUAAAGAAAUAUGAUCCUUCAGAUCCUGGCUAUGCUUAUGCUCAGUUAACAUAUGAUGAGCUGAUCCAGCUGGUCUUGAAACAGAAGGAUACAAUUAUCAAGAAAGAACACCAGGUGCGUGAGCUUGAAGACUACAUUGAUAACUUGCUUGUCAGGGUCAUGGAAGAAACACCAAACAUUCUUCGUGUUUCCACCUCUGGAAAUAAAAAAGCUGGAAAGAUAUGAGAGUUCUCUGAACUUUGAACAAAAGACUGAAUUCCUGCCAGUGGAGUUUGAUUAAUAAGGAAGUGAAGUAGGUGGGACUGGUGUGCUGCCCACAGGAAAUGACAUUUUUCCUGUUUCUGACUUGAGCAACUAUCAAAUUGAUUUGUAGUUGCAUCAGGUUUUAUAUAUGGAGUCCAGAAAUGGAGUCAACUUCUCGUAUUUAUUUUUUGGUAUCUCUUUGUUAUUGGGGAAGAUUUGUUACGGAAUCUAAUCCACAGGCUGAUCAUGAUGUCAGGAAUGAAGGGUUUUUUGAUAAGCUUUGCCUGCCAGCAAGGCACUGAUGAUCCUUUAUGAAGAUUUUUUUUUUCAUCGUUCUGUUUCUUAGCAACUUUGACAGAUCAAUUACUCUUUUUUUUUCACACUCUAAGUUGUAGUGCAAUAUAAAACCUUGUACAGUAGAGCUUGAGGGUUUGCUUUGCUUUGAAUAACUACACUGGAGAAAUCCAAAAGAGUUAUGCUUCAGAAUAAGGCUGCUUGAGUGUAUUUUAAAACUAUUUAAUGCCCUAACAAUUGAGUGCAAGUUAACUCUUAGUUUGGAAAGGAAGAAGCGAAGGCAAAUUACUGACAUAAAUAUUGUUUCAAGGGUGUUCUCCAAGAAAUAUAUGUAACUUUGGGCCAAAGGUGUAGUAAAUUAGAAGCUGUUAUUUCAUAGUCAUCAAACAACCUGACAGCCUGAUUUGAAGGUUGUUAAACAAGGGAGGCAAAGGUACACCCAGUUCCUGUUCUGUAUUCUGAAAUAGGUAUGGACUUUGCAGUAUGUGUGUUUGGCCUGUGUCUCUUGCUGUAUGACAGUUCUGUGACAAUUACGAUACUAUACCAUUGCAGUUUACUAAUUCUAAAUAUUUUGGAUUUUGGAACCGGGGCUUACCUUGGAACAGCUUUCAAAGGUGGUCAGUCUUGUAAUACUUCCUUGCAUACAUUCCUUACACAUCUAAGAAAGGAACCAAUUCGUUCUCCUUUUGGGAUGGGAGUUAGAAUGUUAACUCUCAAAUCUGAUUUGGUUUUCGCUGUGGUUUGAAAUUCAGAAUGAGAUGAAGAUUUUAUGUAGCUGAAAGUGUGUUGGUUUUGGAAGACAAUCAGAUACUUCUAUCUCCUUCCUUAAUUUGUGGCCUGAUUGCAGCUUCAUAGAGGACAGGUACAUUCUCUUUCCUGUUUCCUCAGACAGAAAGUAAUGAUAUAAUGCUGUCAAGCAGCUGCUACAGCAGACCUCUUCCAUGGAAAACUACACAUGAUUUUUUUUGUGGCAAGUUCUUGUCAAUCAUCAUCAAAUUAGAUGCAUCUUCACACCUCUUAGAUUUAUCAGGGUUGUGAGGGUGUGAGAUGUAAUAACAGGAAAUGGUUUGGAAGGAAGUCAAAAUACUGAAAGAAUAGGUAGCAGAGAACAAAAACAAAUGCUGUUACCUUCUGAAGUGGAAAGGGUUGAUUAAGUCACUCUACAUCUCCAAAGGGGUGAGUUUCUAACAGACAUUCCUACAGCAUAGCACUUUAAUGAGUGGUAAGACUGGCUGGAUUGACUUGUUAGUAGUCUGCUUAAUAUUUUCAUAAAACACUGGAAACUACUGGAAGCUUCUCAAAUACUGUAUUUUUGUAGUGAAGAGUAGUUUAAUAUAUUUGCCUAGAUAUAUAUAUAUUCUUUGGAAAAUACAAAAAAAAUGCUGUUAGUUACAUUUGUUACUGUAAACUGGCUGGUUACCAAAGUAUGGCAUAGUAGUUGAAGCUUUUCUGAUGCAGCUCUCCUUCAGGGAAAGCUGGAGUUGAAAUAAACCUAUUGCUUUAAGCAUUAAGAGUCUUCUAAGACUUCAAGUACUUAAGAGAUGAAUGCUGAACUUUUAUUUGAACGGAUGUCUUCAGUGAAGGGGUAGCUUUUUUUUUUUUCUUUCUUACAGUACCCUCUUCUAUGAAUGAAGGGUCUGAAAUGCAGAAGUUUUUAGCAGCAUCUUCAGCUCUUGGCUGGUGGUUUAAAUUUUGAAUGGUACUGGUUGGCAUUACUGAAAACUACUGCUGCUGCUUGUGCCUUGAAGCAGGGAGGAAGAUGAACAUUAAUUUCAGUUUCCUCCUUGUGCCUCAGUGGAUGUCUGGAAAGAAAUGAUUGCCUGUACCUCACUAAUAAACCUGUCUUCUAGACUUUAUUCCACAGCUUUCUGACUUUCUGGUUCAGAGAAUCAGAGAAACCAGUAGUGCCUUUGAACAACAGCUUAAUGAUUUGAAAUAAAAAAUGGUAUUACCAGUAGUCAUAACUGGACACAUGUUACGCAAAACUUAACUCUUGGUUUUUACUGGCCUUAUUUUAAAAUAAUAUGGGUACUACUUUGUCUUUGGCUGCUGAAAUCAUUGUGAUAGUAUGUAUAAUCCUUUGGGAGUAAGGACUUUUAUGAAGCUUAUACAGCUGAUAACCUGCAUUUCUGUUGGCAAGAGUGUGCAUCUGGAAGUCGCACACACACUCACACUCUAUAUGCCAAUAAUAAUCUUGAAGAUGAAGCCUUAAAAUUUAAAAUGUCCUUUCUUGGUAGCCUUUUUGCCAGUUAUGACUUUAUCCAGUCACGUGAACUCCAAGUUCUGUGGCUUUUGCAUCCUGGGUUGUUCUCUCCUGUGGUUACAGGCCUUAAGUCUCUCACUGAACAGCAGGAGUGCUGCUGCAAGGUAACAAUCCUGUACAAGCUGCAUCUUUACUUCAGUAGCUGUGAAAAUGUUGCACAAAUCUUUUACCUCAAUCUUUUAUUGGCAAUAUUAUUUAAAGCCUUUUUUUGGCAUAAGGGGUUUGGCAUUUUAUGUCCAACAAGGUGCUUAACCUUGUGAGUAAUGACUUUGAGGCUUGAGAAUCAAGUAUAUUGUUUUAUUACUGAAGGAUCUGAAUGUAUCUUUUACUGUUUAUACUGUCUGCUUUUAGCCUGGGUACCUAUGUGUUUUUAAAUGAUCUUUGGUUUUGUGGAACACUAAAAUAAAAGUAUCUUAAAUCCA